AUGUCUCUUAACGGCUCUUUCAAUUUCAAAAUCUUCGAUUCUCUCAAAUGCACUCUUUGCAAGGCCCCAUUUAUUCCGCUUGCAAAUCACCAACUUUCUCCACGCAAAUUGGGAUGCGGAUUGGCGAUGUGCAACGAAUGUUUCGAGAGGGAGAAGGCGGCGAAAAAACAUGGGAAACAUCAAUGUGAUCAUGAAAAUUGCUUUCAUAAUACGAAACCGGCUCACUUUUUAAUUGAUAUUCUGUCCCAUGACUCGCUAAAGCUUUCUACUAUACUUGGUGGUUACUAUCUUGCAAAGCCAUUUAACAUUCCAAAUUGUCCAAUCUGUGGUGACAAAUAUUCCAACGAGAUUUCCGGAAAAAAAUCGUUUGUUCUUAAUUGCAAUCACAUGAUCUGCACGAAAUGCUACCAAAUCCAGGAGAAAAAACCGACUAAAAUGAAUGAAUGGAAAUUUACCAUCAAGUGCCCAACUUGUGAAUUUGUGACCAAGUCUGACGUCUACACGAGAAAGGAUCGAUUUCAGAAUUUCCUGGAUGAGCUGCCCAAGAUGAAUCAACAAUUUGAAGCAAGAUUAAAAUUGAAUCAUUGCGCUGGGUGUCAGGAGCAGAAUACUGCUGAUAAGAUGUUCUACUGUCUGUUCUACAAGUGCCGGUUUGUGGUGCUUGCGCUUAUAGGAAUCAUCACUUGCACAAAGUUAUUCCACUAUUGGCGAAAAAGUAAACUACAGACGGAUUUCGAGGGUGCUGCUGAGAAA